AUGUCAUACGACCAUGAAAAGCUAAUAUUUUACGUGAAUGGCAAGCGAAUCGAAGACGACAACAUUGACCCACGAACCACGUUAGCUGUGUACCUCAGAGAUCAUCGUAAGAAAUCCCCAGUCCAUCAUUACUUUCUUCACAUCUUUGUUGCUAUAAUUUUAUUCUGCUUCAGUCAACCUAACCGGCACAAAAAUCGGAUGCAAUGAAGGAGGAUGUGGCGCUUGUACGGUGAUGUUGUCCGAUAUAGACCCACUUUCAGAAGAGAUACGGUGGGAUUUCAAUAAAUACUAUCUAUUUUUUGAUUUUUAGACACUAUUCAGCUAAUGCAUGUCUGACUCCAGUUUGCAUGGUAUUUGGGAAAUGUGUGACGACCGUUGAAGGCAUUGGAUCCGUCGUGAGCAAGCGAUUACAUCCAGUCCAAGAGAGAUUGGCCAAGUAAGCAACAAAUAGCCAGAAUAAGGGUGGGUCAAAUAGUCUUGGCAUGAUGCAAUUAUCGAUGUGACAGAGUGCUCAUUAUUUUCCGGACAAACUGAUAGAGUAUUUAUCCGUUAACAUCCGCCUAAAAAAUCUCCUCCGUUUUGCAGAGCGCACGGUUCGCAAUGUGGAUUUUGCACUCCCGGCUUCGUCAUGGCCAUGUACUCGCUCCUUCGCAACAAUCCAAAGCCAUCGCACGACGAAAUUGACGAGUCUUUGCAGGGGAAUCUCUGCCGUUGCACCGGCUAUCGACCCAUCUUGGAGGCCUACUAUUCGUUUGCCGAAGAACAGAAUGGACUGGUCAAAGUGAAUGGGGCACAAAAUGGAACUGCAAAUGGCUGCGCAAUGGGAGAAAAUUGUUGCAAAAAGAGGAAAACAAAUGGGGAAGCAAUGGGUUCUAGGAAAGAAGUUCAUCAGUUGACGGAUCUGUCCAAAUGCCCACCCUAUGAUCCGACGCAAGAACCGAUUUUUCCGCCGGAAUUGAAGGUGAGGGUUUGAGAAAAAUAUAAACAGACAAGUUGCGUUGAGCAGCAGUUUGUUGUACAGAGACUCCACAGGAUGACAAUUUAAUUUCAGCUACACAAGCUGCACCAGCAAUCCUUCACCCUCAACGCGAACGGAGUGAAAUGGUUUGCGCCGACGAGCUUUGACGAACUUCUUCGGAUCAAAAGAGAACACCCGACCGGUCGAUUUAUCUCGGGGAAUUCCGAGCUGGCAGUGGAGCUCAAAUUCCGUUUCAUUGACUUGUCCGUCGCUAUCAACCCAAAACAGGUGCCCGAAUUGAGGGAAUGCUACCUGGACACGGAGAGGAAAGCAAUUUACGUUGGAAUGGGCCUUUCAUUGACGGAAAUGAAGGCUAGAUUGAACAAGUUUAUCAAGGAACUUCCGGGUGAGUUGAUGACUUGUUUGGUCAAAAAAAAUCCAUUUUCAGAGGAAACUACAGCCGUUCUUCGCUCCGUUUGCGCCAUGCUCCACUACUUUGCCGGCAAGCAUGUCCGCAACAUGGCCAGCGUCGCCGGCAACAUCGCCACAGCCUCUCCGAUCAGCGACCUCAACCCGAUUUGGAUGGCCGCCGGAGCCGAAGUUCUUUUGGUCUCCGAAGCGCGGGGGCCACGGAUUUGCGCAAUUGACGACAAAUUCUUUGUCGGCUAUCGACGGACAGUCAUCCAGUCGGAUGAAGUCUUGAAAGCGCUGUAUAUCCCGUUGACAAAGCCCGGGCAAUUCUUCAGAGCGUAUAAACAGGCGCAACGCCGAGAAGAUGACAUCGCAAUUGUAACCGGAGCGUUUUUGGCCGAAAUCGUUGACAAUAAAAGUAUCACGGAGCUGAAAAUGGCGUUCGGAGGUAUGGCGCCAACUACCAAAUUGGCAAAAGAGUCCGUUAAGCAGGUCGUUGGAAGGAGCUGGAACAAGGAGCUGCUAGAACAUGUAGCCACAGAAAUUGCCAAGGAAUUUGCAUUGCCUCCGGGAGUUCCCGGAGGAAUGGCAAGAUAUAGAUCAACGCUGACGAUUUCCUUCUUCUUUAAAUUUUUUGUUCAUGUCUGUGAGAGCUUGAAGGUGAGCAUAUCUUGCUUUAAUCACGUCUGGUCCCCAUUUUUCUUCAGAUUCCCGGCUUCACCUCUCAUGGAAUGGAAUCACGCGUUGGAGAGCCCCAUCUCGCCAAGUACUCCUUUACCCAGCUCUACGAAGACGUCCCAGUCGACCAGCCGGACACCGAUCCGAUUCGUCGUCCAAUUAUGCAUCAGUCCGGCGAGAAACACACGACUGGUGAAGCGAUUUACGCUGCGGACAUUACUCCUCAUGACGCUCUUCAUAUGGCGUUCGUUACGUCACCGGUUGCGGCGGGUACCCUAGGGCUUGUCGACAUUUCGCAGGCUCAGCAGGAGCCAGGAUUUGUUGAUUUUAUCGACUGGCGCGAUGUUCCGGGAAAUUUGGUUUUCAAUCAUUGGGGAGUCAAACUGUUCGCUAAAGAUGAGGUUUUGUAUCAUUGUCAGCCUAUUGGAGCAGUGUUGUCGACGGAUCAUGAGAGUGCCAGAAGGGCUGCAGCAAAGGUUAAAGUCGAUAUCACACCGCAAAAAGCGGUCGUUACAAUCGAUGUAAGUUGACGAUAUGCCACUCCUUGAGGCUUGAUGUAGUUCUCUGAUCUUUUCUCUUCGUCUUAUGACUUCAGGACGCCAUAGCAGCGCAAUCCUUCCAUAUGGAAGAAUUCAAGGUGCACUCUCAACUGGCUGAAGACAAUAACGCGCCAUAUGAGCCGACGGAUUGGUCGAAAUACAAGAAAAUUAUUGAAGGUAACCAUUAGUGAAAUAAAACUGACUAAUACGUCAUUUUUAGGGACCAUUCGAAUGAAUGGCCAAGAGCAUUUCUAUUUGGAGACCAACAACUGUGUCGUUAUUCCUGGAGAAGACGAUGAGAUUGAAGUUAUCUCAUCAACUCAAUGUAUCGACGAAGUUCAAGGCGAGAUCGCCGCAGUGUUGGGAAUCCCUCGUCAUAAAAUUGUAGUGAAGGUGAAGAGAAUUGGUGGAGGGUUUGGAGGAAAAGAAAGUGUUUGUGGACUGUUUGCGGCGUCGGCCUGUGUUGCCGCUAAAAAGUGAGGAAACUCAAAUCCCGUAAUUUUUUGUUUGUUUUAGGCAUCGCCGGCCAGUAAAACUCGUCCUCGAAAGGUACGACGACAUGGCGAUUUCCGGAACCCGGCAUCCCUUCAAAUUUGAUUAUAAAAUCGCGGUUGAUGAGAAUAUGAAAUUCCAAGACAUUCAAGUCCACGCUUACAGCAACAGCGGACAUGCAAUAGAAUUGUCAAAGGGAGUAUUGGGUAGGGAAAACGUUUAUUUUUGGGUCUCAACAUUGUGAACUUCGAAAUGAACGUUUUGCAGAAAGAUGUCUGGUCCAUCUUGACAAUGUUUAUAAAUUUGGAAAUGCUGAUUUUUAUGGUCGAAUGUGCAACACAAAUUGCGCUUCAAACACGGCUUUCCGCGGCUUCGGCGGCCCUCAAGGAAUGUUCGGAAUGGAGACAAUUGUUUGUCAUGCAGCGGAGGAAUGCGGUUUCGAUGUGGAUAAGGUAUGUCAGGUUUCUGUCCGUCCUUUAAAACCGAACCAAACUUAUGCCAUCACACACAGCUUGAUAGCAUUUUUCCUAGAAUAUCAGUCUCAAUUACAUUAUGUUCAGCUCCGUCAAGCUAACAUGUACGAAGAAGGCGACUGCACUCCAUUCGGGAUGCACCUGAACCAGUGCAACAUUCGUCGUUGUUGGGAGGAAUGCAUACAACAUAGCAAUUACUACGAACGCAAAACCGACGUCGAAUCAUUCAAUCGAAAAUAUCAAUACCGGAAAAGAGGGAUCUAUCUAACCCCAACCAAAUUUGGAAUCGGCUUCGGAUUCAAGCAACUAAAUCAAGCUGGCGCUUUAAUCCACAUUUACAAAGACGGCUCGGUCCUCGUAUCGCACGGUGGAAUGGAAAUGGGACAAGGCUUACACACCAAAAUCCUUCAAAUUACCGCGAGUUGUUUAGGAGUGCCAAUCGAAAUGGUGCAUGUGAAUGAUACUUGCACAGACAAGGUUCCGAACGCAUCUCCAACUGCAGCCUCCGUCGGAAGUGACAUGAAUGGGUUGGCAGUGCAGAAUGCAUGCGAAUUGUUGAACAAACGACUGGAAAGAUUCAAGAAAGAAAAGCCAAAUGGAACUUGGAAGGAAUGGGUAAUGGAUGCCUACGUGAACCGAGUUUGCCUGUCGCAAACGGGAUUUGGAAUGUAAGUCUUGUGGAGUUCGAAAAAUUCUAUUCAUACAACGCCUCAAAUGGUCCAUUCUUUCAGAAUUCAUCACGAAACCGUCGACUUUAUGAACGGCAAAGGCGCAGAACUUUUCGGUUAUCAAGUCUACGGCGUUGCCUGCUCCGAAGUCGAAGUUGACUGCCUAACCGGCGACCAUCAUCUUCUUCGAACAGACAUAGUCAUGGAUAUUGGUGAUUCCAUGAAUCCAGCCAUCGAUAUCGGACAAAUCGAAGGCGCUUUUGUCCAAGGUUAUGGUCUAUUUACCAUGGAGGAGAUUAAAAUGCGCCCCGGUGGAACAAGACUAACCCGAGGCCCUGGGAACUACAAGAUUCCAUCGGCGGAUGAUGCGCCUCGAAAUUUCAAUGUUCGGCUUUUGAAGGGAUCAUCAAAUAAACGAGCCGUUUUCUCCAGCAAAGCCGUAGGUGAACCUCCAUUGUUUUUGGGAGUCAGCGCUCUGUUCGCUAUACGGGAGGCCGUGAAAGCGUAUCGAGAGCAGAAUGGACACAAAGGAUACUUCCGAUUCGACUCUCCAGCGACACCAGAGCGAAUUCGAAUGGCCUGCUUGGAUGUGUUGACGGAGAAGGUGCUCAACGGCAUCGAAAACGAGAAAUUUACGCCUUGGGUAGUGGAUUUGUAG